AUGCAACACAGUGAUUAGAUCGGGGACGGACUCCUACGUAGGAGGCAAUGAGUGUGCCUCAUAUCAUCAUUCAGCGCAACACCGGUGGCAUGCGUGUAACUGUCUCGCUCAGUUGGCUCAGCCUUUGCCGACUCAACGUACUUUGAAGAAUAACAUCUUCCAAGCAUCUUCCCUUCACCGUCAUUCACUAUGGGCUCGCUGGGUCAAAGUAGAAAGAAGAUUAGAAUCGCGAUAGAUCGCGGCGGCACCUUCACCGAUGUGCACGCCUACAUACCCGGCUCAAAUGAGCCGGAAAUGGUCUUCAAACUUCUUUCCGUAGACCCAAUAAACUACAAAGAUGCACCCACCGAAGGCAUAAGACGCGUCCUGGCACAUUACAGGGGCGCACCAGUUUCCCGCGACGAGCCCCUUGACAUCUCAGACGUCGAAUCAGUUCGCAUGGGAACCACCGUGGCCACCAACGCCCUCUUAGAACGACAGGGUGAGCGUGUCGCGUUCCUCACGACCAAGGGAUUUCGGGAUCUGCUUGUUAUUGGCAACCAGGCUCGGCCGCACAUCUUUGACCUGAGUAUUCACAAGUUGAAGAAUCUGUAUGAGAGGGUUGUCGAGGUUGAUGAGCGCGUGACGAUGGAGGAGUUCUUGGAGAACCCAGAGAAGCAGCCUAUUGACAUUGAAAGCGAUCCGGGGCUCGUGAAGGGGUUGACUGGCGAGCCGGUUCGAGUCCUUAAGAAGCCGGAUCUGGAAGUCGUGGCCAGUCAGUUGAGCGAUCUCAAAGCUGAGGGGUUCAAAAGUCUUGCGAUUUGCUUCAUUCACUCUUAUCUCUAUCCCAAUCACGAGAACGAGGUAGCGGAACUAGCGCGUACCAUGGGCUUCGACGUUUCAGUUUCCUUUGAACUACAGCCAACGAUCAAGAUGGUAUCCCGAGGCAACUCAGCAAACGCCGACGCGUACCUCUCCCCACUCAUCCGCCGCUACGUCCGCGACUUUGGAAGCGGGUUUAAGGGAGGUCUAGACGCUAUCGCAAGCAAGCUCCUCUUCAUGCAAAGUGACGGCGGCCUUUGUCUCUGGCAGAACUUUUCCGGGUUGCGCGCCAUCCUCUCGGGACCAGCAGGCGGCGUAAUCGGCUUCGGCAAGUCCUGCUAUGAUCCGGAGACCAAGAUGCCGGUGAUUGGUUUCGAUAUGGGCGGCACCUCGACGGAUGUCAGUCGCUUUUCGGGCAUGUAUGAUCAUGUCUUUGAGACGGAGACGGCCGAGGUCACGUUGCAGACGCCGCAGUUGGACAUCAAUACUGUUGCUGCUGGUGGCGGCUCGAUUCUGCAUUGGAAGAAUGGCUUGUUUGCGAUUGGACCGGACUCUGCCGGCGCUCACCCAGGACCUGUUUGCUACCGAAAGGGCGGACCCCUGACAGUCACUGACGCGAACCUCUUCCUAGGCCGUCUACGUCCCGAAUACUUCCCUUCUAUCUUCGGACCAAAGGAGAACGAAACCCUCGACUACGACGCAGCAGCCGUAGCUUUCCAUAGUCUCACGGAGAAGAUCAACUCCGAAGAGGGGAAGUCAUUCACGCCGGAAGAGAUCGCCAGUGGCUUCCUCCGUGUUGCCAACGAAAGCAUGAGUAGACCUAUACGUUCACUCACAGAAGGGAGAGGCAUUCGCACAUCAGAUCAUGUUCUAGCCACAUUCGGAGGAGCUGGCGGGCAACAUGCGUGUGACGUCGCUGAAGCGCUGGGCGUAGAGCGCGUCGUCAUACACCGGUUGUCGUCCAUCUUGUCUGCGUACGGCAUGGCACUAGCCGAUUUGACGCACGAGAUCCAGCGACCUAAGGCGGCUGAGCUUUCUAAUCUCUCUGAUAAGCAGCUGGAAGAGGAGUUCAAGGCUUUAACGGAUGAGGCUACAGCGACUUUGGCCGCCCAGGGGUUCUCUGAUGAGCAGAUCGAGCACGAGCUGUUCCUCAACCUGAGAUACAAAGGGACCAACAGCUCUCUCAUGAUCCGCAAGCCAGAAGGAUCGUGGAACUUCACUCGCCAAUUUGUCGAGCACCACGAAGAAGAGUUCGGCUUCGUCCUAGACCGCGGCAUCCUGGUGGAGGACAUUCGCGUCCGCGCGCUGGGCAAGACGCCCGACUCCAACGUGACCGGCGUAUCUCAGGCUCUCAAGUCUGUUGAGAUUAGACUGGUAGAAAGCAGUAAGAGAGCCAGCACGACGAAGUUGCAUACGAGCGGCCAAUGGCAUGAGGUCGACCUCUUCAAGCUCGAGGAUCUUGCACCGGGCGAGAGGGUCGUUGGUCCUGCAAUCAUCCUGGACCAAACUCAGACCAUCAUGAUCCAGCCGUUUUGGACUGCGACUGUGCUUCCCCGUCACCUACUUCUCGAAAAGAAUGCGAUUUCGCAAGGCUCCGUCGACGAAACCGUCGAGCUCACAACAGAAACGGACGAAGUCGACCCGAUUCAACUAUCAGUAUUUGGUCACCGAUUCAUGAGCAUAGCGGAGCAGAUGGGUAGAUCACUGCAAAUGACCUCGGUCUCCGUCAAUAUCAAGGAAAGGCUAGACUACUCGUGCGCCAUUUUCUCGCCGACAGGCGGUCUGGUUGCCAACGCGCCGCAUAUCCCGUGUCAUCUAGGAGCAAUGAGCUACGCCGUAGCCUACCAAGCCGAGCGCUGGGGCAACUCUCUUCGCCCUGGAGAUGUGCUGGUCUCUAACCACCCGGCUGCCGGCGGAUCCCAUCUCCCUGACGUGACAGUGAUCUCGCCGGUCAUUGACGAAGAAACCAACGAAGUCCUCUUUUGGACUGCUUCUCGGGCUCAUCAUGCCGACAUUGGAGGUAUCUCGGCUGGUUCUAUGCCACCACAUUCCAAGGAGAUCUGGCAAGAGGGUGCUUCUUUCCUGUCCUUCAAGCUGGUGGACGGAGGCAGGUUUGACGAGGAAGGCCUUGCUGAGAUUAUGCUGAAGAAGCCGGCGUCGUACCCUGGUUCCUCCGGCACGAGGACGUGGAAUGAUAAUGUGAGCGAUCUGAAGGCACAGAUUGCUGCCAAUCAGAAGGGCAUCAGACUCAUCCAGGACUCGAUCAAGGAGUACGGCCUGCCGACGGUCCAGAAAUACAUGCUCGGAAUCCAGAACAACGCCGAGAAGGUAGUCCGAAACCUCCUCCGCCAAGUUCAUGACCAGUUUGGUGGCCUGCCGCUCGAGGCUGAGGACCAAAUGGACGACGGCUCGAAGCUCAAGCUUAAGAUCCGAAUCCAUCGCGAAGAGGGCUCGGCCGUCUUCGAUUUCACAGGGACUAGCCGGGAGAUGUACGGCAACCUCAACGCACCGCGGGCCAUCACCUUCAGCGCCAUUAUCUAUGUCUUGCGUUCGUUGGUCAGGGAGGAUAUUCCGUUGAACCAGGGCUGCCUAGCUCCCAUCAACGUAAUCAUACCCUCUGGGACGAUUAUUUCCCCUUCGUUGGGUGCUGCCACAGUUGGCGGCAAUGUAGAAACAUCGCAGAGAGUAACGGAUGUGGUGUUGAGGGCGUUCCAGGCCGCGGCGGCUAGUCAGGGAACGUGCAAUAACUUGACGUUCGGAUAUGGGGGUGAGAUGGUCGACGGAAAGGCAAAGCCUGGGUUUGGAUACUACGAGACCAUCGCAGGCGGCGCCGGUGCAGGACCAAGCUGGGAAGGCCAGUCAGGCGUACACGUCCACAUGACCAACACCAGAAUUACAGAUCCGGAGUCCCUAGAGCGUCGAUACCCGUGCAUCCUCCGUGAGUUCGGGAUCCGGCGAGGAUCCGGCGGUCGAGGCAAGUAUAAUGGAGGAGACGGCUGCGUCCGAGAGAUUGAGUUCCGUCGAGACUUGCACGUCAGUGUGCUGAGUGAGAGGCGGACGGUUCCUCCUUACGGUCUAGCUGGAGGCGAGCCUGGAGCUCUCGGCGAGAAUGUGUGGGUUCGGCAUGACGAGUAUGGGACGCGGGAGAUCAACCUGGGCGGGAAGAACAGUUGCGAGAUGAAGAAGGGAGAUCGGAUUAUCAUCAGGAGUCCAGGCGGAGGUGCAUACGGUGCCUUAUAAGGUCGUCGCUGUCGUCAGGGAUGAUACGAUGGCGUUUUCAGAGUGGGCCGGAAGAUGUAUUCUGUUCGUCUUUCCUAUAAAGGGCGAGGGAAGCUGUUUUAGAGAAAAUCUCAAUGAGCAUUGCAGCUGUGGAAA